CCCCCAGUGGAACACAUUUGGCUCCCAGAAGUGAUGUUUACAGGGGAUGAUGGGAGUUGUAGUUCACCUACAGGUAAUUGUGACACAGCUUUGCCACCAUCUUGUUUUUUCCUGUUAGAUGCACCUUUAGCAUUCAGUGUUGCUUCUCCCCCCACUGUAGCGCCAGAAGGUGAAGCCCCCACAGAAACAGAGCCCUGGGAUUUCUUGGCUUUAGGAACAGGGGGUUUGGUACUUACCCCACCAGUUCCCUCCUCAGCUGCCCCCGGGAUCCACCAAAGAACACAACAGCUGCUCUCCUGGGAGAUCCUGAUAUACAAGAGGGAGAUAACGUUACGCUGUCAUGUAACAGCAAGGCCUACCCAGAUAUACGUACCUACCUUUGGUUCAAGGGAAUGGGGCCUGGGGGGCCGGCAGGGGAGGGGCUGGAGAUUACACUGAGGAAUGUGACGUGGCCAGCGGAACCCUAUUUCUGCACGGCACAGAAUACUUUGGGCACAGGGAAAUCCAAUCGUGUGGUUAUUCCAGUAAAACAUGCUGCAAAGGGAGUGCAGAUUAUUAAAUACGAACACGGAGAUGGGACUGUGGAGCUAAAGUGCCAGGUUUCCAGCAGCAAUCCUGCAGUCACGCAUUUCACAUGGGUGAGGAAUGCGAUUCCGUUAAUAACCCAGAAUAACCCGACUCUGUCGCUGAAUAACACCGACAUGGGCUCUGGGGAAUAUGAAUGUAUUGCUCACAAUCUGAUUGGGAAUGCUUCCUCCGAUGCAAAGAUUUCCAUUGUAAUGAAAGCUGCCCCAACCGUCAUAGAUGAGGGAUCAAAACUCACCCCGUCCCUGUAUGGAAUCAUUGCUCUCCUCCCUAUUCUGCUGCUUUUGGUCUUCGUUUUGAGAAAACUUAAAAUCAAAAACCAAGGAAACAACAAUGCGGAAACACAAUGUGCGGAACCCAUAUACUCAGAGAUUAAAGAGACAGGGGCCAUUGCAGAAGAUGCCGAUAUAAAGGAUUCCAAGUCUCCCGACAAUCCUUACACUGCACUUGAGAAGAGAGAGAGUCUCACAUAUCAAGAACUCAAGGGUUCCCAUGUUACUGACAAUCCCUACACAGCACUAAACCUGCAAGACACACACCUAUAUGGGGAAAUCAAGGGUUCCCAUGUUACUGACAAUCCCUACACAGCACUAAACCUGCAAGACACACACCUAUAUGGGGAAAUCAAGCCCAGAAUCCCUCAGCGCAGCGACUCCGAAUAAUCCCAAAUCCUGGGAAUCUAACGGAAAUAACGUGGAAUAAAGAGAAUAUUUAAGGGAUUUCAGGGACAUAUUAUGGAGAGAGCCGGCGGGUCUCAGAUCCAGCAGGAGGAGGAGCCAUUGAAACCAUCAGUUCCGCCUCAGUAUCUUCCCACCCCCAGAGUCUGGUUUAGCAGCUUAAUAAACAUUAUUAUAUCCGGUUUCCAUUAAAGAUCCAGCAGGAAAAGGGUUAAAGAUUAUUAUUCUAUAGCUUUCUGUAUUUACAUGUCAAAUUUACAAAUACAUUUUUAGACAAAUGCUAAACUGUUAGCGCUAUAGUAAUGCUGGGAAAUAACUAAGACCCGUAUCCAGAAUACUUGGGACCUGGGGUUUUCUGGAAAAGGGGGUCUUUCCAUAAUUUGGAUC